GGGGGGCGCACCGGACACCCCCCAGUUCCAGCCCGGCUCUCCCCUCCGUUCCCAAUCCCGCAGCAUCUCCCGGGAUCCCCGGCUCUGCUUGGAGCGGGAGGUGGGUCCCGGUACCGGGGUGAGCUCGGGGGGUUGGAAGGUGCCCCCACCCCGCCUGGAUCCGUCCCUGUCCCGGCUUCCCUGGGCCUCAGGUGCUGCCCGCAUUGCCAGCCCUGUCCCGGGCUGGUUCCCUGCGCGAGGUCCGGUCACCCUGGGGCAGCUCUGAGCCGCUCCUGCAUCCCAGGCUGGGAUUCCCGCAGGAGUCCAGGGACGGCCCCACACUUCCCUGAAAUCCACAGUGGGGAGGGAAUGAUGGACUGGGAGAAGAUGAAGCCAUCCCGGGGUCUAACACACCACCGCCCUCUCCCAGUUCCCUUGGGGAUACACUGCUGCUGGUGGUGCUCUCCAUGCUGGAUUGCCAUGGAAUAACACAUUUCCAGGCCAUUCUAUGAGCAAUCCGACCUCCAUCCUUUUUAUCCUCGUUAAAGCCCUUUGGUUGAUUCAUUAAUUAUUAUUAUCUCUGGUCAGGGAUAUCUGACUAGAAGCUCUGGCCAUCCAAAAAUUCAUGAUCUCUCCUUUAAAAAAAAAGAGGGGAAUGUUUUUCCAAGCCUUUCCCUUUCAUGUCCUUGAAACCCAUCAGUUUUGCUUCCCCUGGGACCCCUCUUGACCUCCCCAAAACCUGAUGGGGGAACGAGGUGACUCCACCAUUUCUCUGGGGCUCCAGCCCCCCUGGCUCCACCCAGAGGGAUUUUUCCUGGCAAAUGCAGCAAUUUUUGCCAGGAAAGGUCCCAGAUCCAGCGGCAGAGCCACAUGAGGGCAGCAGUUCCUCCCAGAGGGAGGGAAUUGUGAAUCCAAAGCCACCUUCCAGGAAAUGCCCCGGUUUUCCAGGAGUGUCACAGCUUGUGCCUGGGUGUGUCCCCACAGGGAGUGGGAUGGGGACAAUGUUUCCAGUGGGAAUAACAAAUUAAGGGGGCUGAGGGGUGGCUCCUGGCCCCUUGUAUGUCCCUCCCCGUGGCUCCUGUCCAAUUCUGGUGUCUCAUGUCCAGCUCCUCAUAUCCCAUCCCAUGUCCCAUCUUGUGUUCUAUCCUGUCACUUCUGUCCCCUCUUGGCUCCUCCUGUGCUGCCUCCUGUCCCAUCCCAGUUCCUCAUAUCCCAUCCUGGUGCCCUACAUCCGUUCCUGGUUCCUUCUGUCCCGUCCUGGUGGCUCCUGUCCCACCCUGAUGCUCUCACGGCCCAUCCCAGCCCCUCAUGUCUCUCGGUGCCACAUUCCAUGCAAGUGCCUGUGUCCCAUCCUGUGUCCCCUCCCAGUGCCUUCUGUCCCUUCUCAGUACCUCAUGUCCCAUUUGUGUCCCAUCCCACUGGCUGCUGUCACAUCCUGGUGGCUUCUGUCCUCUCUCAACUCCUUGUGUCCUAUCCUGACACCUCCUGUCCCCUCCCAGUGGCUGCUGUCCCAUCCUGGUGCUCUGUGUUCCAUCCUAGCACUUCCUAUCUCAUCCUGCUGCCUUUUGUCCCAUUUCGUGUCCCCUCCUGGCACCUCAUGUCCCAUCCCAGUGGCUCCUGUCCUGUUCCAGCUCAUCCCAUCCCAUCCUCAUCAUCCCAUGUCCCCAUCUGUCACCUUGUGUCCCAUCCCAGCUCCUCCUGUCCCAUCCUGGUGCUCCAUGUCCUCCUCUACUGUUUCCUCCUGGCUCCUGCUGUCCUGUCUCAUGUCCCUUCCCAGUGGCUCCUGUCCCAUCCCAGCUCCUCCCAUUCCAUCCCAUGUCCCCAUGUCCCAUUCUGGUGUCCCCAGUCCCAUCCCAAUGUCCCAUGUCCCAUCCUGUCACCUUGUGCUCCAUCCCGAGGCCUCGUGUCCCAACCCUGUGUCUUCUGUCCCAUCCCAUUGUCUCGUGUCCUAUAUCCUGGUGCCUCGUGUUCCAUGUCAGCUCCUUGUGUCCCAUCCCAGUGUCCCAUGUCCCAUUCUGGUGUCCUCAGUCCCAUUCCAGUGUCCCAUGUCCCAUUCUGGUGUCCCCAGUCCCAUCCCAGUGUCUCGUGUCCCAUUCUGGUGUCCCCAGUCCCAUCCCAGUGUCCCCAGUCCCAUUCCAGUGUCCCCAGUCCCAUUCUGGUGUCCCCAGUCCCAUCCCAGUGUCCCCAGUCCCAUCCCAGUGUCCCAUGUCCCAUUCUGGUGUCCCCAGUCCCAUCCCAGUGUCCCCAGUCCCAUUCUGGUGUCCCCAGUCCCAUCCCAGUGUCCCCAGUCCCAUCCCAGUGUCUCGUGUCCCACAUCCUGGCGCCUCACGUUCCAUGUCAGCUCCUCGUGUCCCGUUUCCCAUCUCUGUGCCCCAUGUCCCACCCUGCUGUCCCCAGUCCCAUUUUUCCAGUGUCCUGUGUCCCACCCCAGUGUCCCCUGUCCCCUCUGCCCCCUCUGUUCCUGUCCCUGCUCUCAUUCCCCCUAUUCCCACUCUCCUUCCCUCCUAUUCCCACUCUUUUUCUGACCCAUUCCUGCUCUCAUUCCCUCCUGCCCCAGCUCCCAUUCCCACACAUUUCUGCUCCCGUUCCCACUCUGAUUCCAUUCUCAUUCCCUCUCUGUCCUGCCAUUCCCACUGUCAUUCCCAC